AUGGGCGCCUGCUGCAUUCGGUGUUUCCUGCUCUUUCUGCUGGGAGCCUCCCUCUGGACUUUGGUCCGAAAUCUGAGCUGUGAGGUGGGCACAGCCCUGAGUUUAGAAGAUGAUCCGGGACAAACCUUUAACUGGACCUCGAAGGCCGAGCAGUGCCUCCCUGGAGAGCUGUGCCAGGAAACGGUGAUGUUAAUCAAAGCUGACGGAGGCAAGACUGCCCUCCUGGCCAGUAAGGGCUGCACCCCUCAAGGCACGGAGUCCAUGACCUUCAUCCAGUACACGCCGCCACCCCCGGGGCUGGUGGCGGUCUCCUACAGCAACUACUGCAAUGACAGCCUGUGCAACAACAAAGAGAGCAUACACUCCUUCUGGUACCAGCCGGAGGCCGCAGCAACCCCCAGCCCGUCCGGAGCCCUCCGCUGCCCAACGUGUGUGGCUCUGGGGUCCUGUGCCAGUGCCCCCUCUCUGCCCUGUGCCAAUGGCACCACUCAGUGCUACCAAGGAAGACUUGACUUCUCCGGAGGAGGCCUGGAGUCCACCGCCGUGGAGGUCAAGGGCUGCACCACUGUCAUCGGCUGCAGACUGCUGGCCACCCUGAACUCAGUGGGACCCAUGACCAUGAAGGAGAGCUGUGGCUACCGCUCAGUCCUUCAGCCCCGGCAGGCAGAGAGUGGGGGCCCCUGGGUGCACGCUUCGCUGUGGGCGCUGGAGCUCCUGCUGCCGGCGGUGCUGCUGGCCCUCGCCCACUUCCCGUGA